UGGUCUAAUUCAAGGAAUGUUAGUUAGCAAAUACCCAAAAUAUAAGACAUCUUUUGACUUACGCGACAGGUUUUUCCUUACUCUAUUUUAUGAACCCUGUCGAGCUACAACUUUGUAAAACUUAACGUUCUUAGAUCUGAGGGUGUUAUCUGAUUACAAUUGAAAACUCAGAGGGAUAGGUAUUUCUUGUUUUUAAUUUCGAAAUAUGAAAAAGUCACAUGAAAAUCAGCAAUUCAUGUAUUAUCAUUUUGGCGACCCCAAAAUUCACCCACUUUCAUUUUUAUUUCGAUUCCCUCUUUUUUUGUUUUUUGUUUUUUUUGUUGGCUCGGGGCAGUGAUUUGCCAUUUGUGAAUUACAUAGUUGUUGUUUAAUAAAGCCACAUCCAAGUAAAAGUACAGAAAACUACAGCAAUGAGGCAAAUAAAAAUUGUAUUAACACUCUUGAAGUACAGUUGCGUACAACUUAAUUGAAAAUGAAAUUGAAACCGACUAAAACAACUGCUGUAUAACCCGUGAUAAAAAAGCCGUUCUACGCGUGAUAUUAAUUAAUGUUCUGUAACCAUUACAUCAGGCCCAUUCUCCAACAAGAGAAAGCAUUACUGCCGGCGGGUUCACGUUUUGCCACAAAUCUUAGCAGAAUAUACCAAAUUUGGGGUUUGAAUCCACUUGGCUCAAAUGGAGCAAGAAUUAAGUACGGAACGAAAACCAGCAAAUCGUAAUUUGGUGACGGAGGGAUUUCGCUCCUUCGUGUACUUCGGGGCAAUAGUGUGCAUGAUUUCUUGCUUUGUCAUCCUGUUUGUUUCACUGGUCUCCAUGGAAAGGCGAGUUGCUUUACUUGAAAGCAAGCUCAGUGAGAUUUCUGAGAAUUCCAAGAAUGGCGUCAAAGAAUCUCUGAGCGCCGUGCAUGUAAGACAUGAGCGAAAUGCUAACCCGACAACAACUUUGUCAGGCCUGACAAAGAGACUUAUCGCACUGGAAAGCAGAACAGUAAACCUUUCUAAAGACUUGCGUAUGAAGUCCUCGCUUCGAGGUCGAGACGGACGAGAUGGCAAGCCAGGACCUCCCGGACCUUCUGGACGGGACGGUAGAGACGGAAGAGAAGGUCCCGCGGGUCCUCGUGGGAUUUCAGGACCAAAAGGUGAUGUUGGUCGAGCUGGAAGUCCUGGGCCCCAGGGACCUGCCGGCCCUCAAGGAACAAUAGGACCAGAAGGACCGGCGCUGUCAGGUGUGAGUUACAACCGCUGGGGACGAACGAACUGCUCAGGAGAUGCCAUUACGGUGUACACAGGCGCGAUGGGCGGUGGAUACUACGAUCACACCGGUGGUGGCACCAACUACGUCUGUCUAACCAACAAUCCUAUAUAUGACAAAUACCAGAGUGGGUGGCAGGGUACAGCAGCAAUAUACGGUACCGAGUACCAAACAUCAUUUGCAGGCUUUACAAAAGGCGAUCUUAGUGAACAUGAAGCACCUUGCGCUGUGUGUUACGUCAGAUCACGUGGGUCCCAAGUGACGAUUCCUGGAACCAACAAGUGUCCUUCAGGUUGGACCAGAGAGUAUUAUGGGUAUCUGAUGACCUCUCACUACUACCAUGCCCAUCCUAGUGAAUUUGUGUGCGUUGACGUAGAUGCCGAGUCUGUGCCAGGAAGUCACAAAGACACAAAUGGCGCUUUGUUGUACGUUGUACAGGGAGAUUGUGGGCAUGCCUUACCUUGCAAACCGUACAUUCAUGGCUAUGAACUAACCUGUGUUGUUUGUACCAAGUAGUCAAGUACUUACCAAAAUGUAAAACAACUGUAGCUUAGUCGAGCGGUGAAGGGUUGUUAGCAAUUACAAAUCAAAAUCUUCUCUCUGUGAACCAAACUAUAAAUGUAACUUGUAAGGCCUGGAUCACAACAUCGUCAUAAAGACAAAACAGCGAGGUCACGCAAACGCAAAGAACGCAUCUUUUAAUAUGAUAUCUUGUGUCACUAGCGUGAACAACGCGCUGCAAAACAAACUAGCAAGACCAUAAGGAGAUUAGCAUAACGAAAUAAGAAAAAAGUAUUCUUGCUAUGCCUUCUGUUACCAGUAAACCAGGCUGAAGAAGACUUACAGUGAUGUAGUUACUUCAGCGAAUAAUAUUGAUUUUAUCUCAGUUUUAUGCAGUUCGAGUCUUAAGCUGAAUAUCCUCUGUAUUAAUCUAGACGUAAAACGAUUAAAGGAUAGUUUAAAUGCUGUG